AUGCUGUUGAAAACAAAAUUCAUUGUCAAAACAAAAGUGGUAGUGCUGCUUCACACUAUGGUAAUGCAAUACAAUUUGGCGGCCGCAUACGACUGCGCAAAUUACGGUUUAUCGAAUCACGAUGUGGAUCAAUACAUAAUAUAUGCAAGGAGGUGUCAGGGUAGUGAAGAGCUCGGAUUUCAAGGACGUACCGUAUUCCACGCUCGUUUUCUACGAGAAGACGAUUUCAACAACCUUUUUAAAAAAGUAAAAAAGACACAUUUCGAAAUACGUAUAGAAGACUCCAGCUUCACUAGUAUCAGUAUGCCAAUGCUUACAGAAGCAGUUCGCCCAAAACCUAAACGUAGUCGCCUAUUUGUUAUACGUGGUAACAGUUCUUUGAAGAACUUAACGAUUCCGAGGUCCAAAUUCGAUGUGCAAGAAUCUUUCCACGUCGAGAUCGAUGGUAAUCCAGAACUAGAAAAUGGUGUGCUUAGACGUUUUCAAACGAACUGCUUGCUAGGAAUGGGAAAGAAAUGCGAUAUUUUUCCUGCAAGCCACUGUGAUACACUGGAAGACGAAGAAGAAGUACGAGAUUGUGCAGGAGUUGCUGUUAUCAAACAAGCACCGGGAACUCGUUUAAACUUUAAUGCGGGGGAAAUUAGUGAGAAAGAGUUCAACGAAAUAUUCAGUCAAGCUACUCACGUUCAAAUGUGCAUUAUACUCAAACGGAGUAACUAUAAGACAUUGAGGAUGCCAAAACUGAAGCGAUUGUUCCCAUGUAAGAGAGAAUACUCCAGUCUUGUCAUAGCAAACAAUCCGCGUUUGAAAAAAGUCAUUCUCGGUAAAGAAGCCCUCGUGGUAAACAUGCAAGUAGAGAAUAAUACAGUACUUCCUGAUUCAAUGAUAACUGCUCUCAGUCGAGCAUGCAACAACAAGCAUCUCGGCUUUUGUAAGAUUAAAGGUACUGGUGUUAAAAGUGGUGAAAAUGUCGACCAAAGUGCGGCACAAGAAAAAGAUAGUACAUCUACAGAAACCGCUUUCGAAACGACACCUAUUGAGAGUGAAGGUCUGGGAGGAGGAAAUGACGAAGAUUAUAGCGGAGGAUUUUUUGGUGGUCCAUUACCCUUUCCUGUGAAGUCAAAGGAACAUGAAACGCGUGCACCACCAAAAGACAAGAAGGAAAAGAAAGUGAAGUGUCAUAGAUGCUUCCAUAUUUGGCUCUUACCAGUUUUAUGUAUUGCACUAUUUUUGUAAGCAGUGUAUAAAGAGGAGUUGCAAAGUUAUUACGUAAAAGUGUAGAUAGAGGAAGCCUAAAUAAAGAUAAAGGUUACUUCUCUUCUGAUGUAAAAGUUCAAUGU